AUUAUGGGAAUGUCAUUUGCAAUCUGUGACCAACGUUUUUGUUGUUGAAUUUCUCGUCUUUUAUUGUAAGAGUCGAUAACUCCAGACAACAUGUGACCGUUAAAAUUAUGUGUUUGAGGACAGUGCAGUCUAUUGCUUUUCAUUGGCCAAGGUGGAGUCGGAACUUGAGCAGGUGGCGCUCACUUACUGGAACAGUAGCUCAUCAAGGAUCCAAUCUUUCUCUCCCUCUCUGUCUCUCUCUUCCCCCCCCUCCUCCCCUCCAGCACCGUUGCAAUAGCCCCCCCUCCUACACCGCCUGCCCGCGCGGGUGCACGAGUGGCUGCUGCGGCGCCGAAUCUCUCGCAGUCGCGCCGGUCGCCAGUGGACGCUGCCCGGCUGGCGGAACAUGGCGGCGGCCCCGGAAGAGGAGGUAGACCGCAGACCGAUCCGGAGGGUCCGCUCCAAGAGCGACACGCCUUACAUCAACGAGGCGAGGAUCUCUCUCCACCUGGAGACAGCUGAGGAAGUGGAGAGGUUGGCAGCGAUGCGCUCUGAUUCGCUGGUACCGGGUACGCACACGCCCCCCAUCCGGCGGCGGAGCAAAUUCGCCACCCUGGGUCGUCUGUUCAAACCCUGGAAGUGGAGGAAGAAGAAGAGUGAGAAGUUUAAGCAGACGUCUGCAGUGUUGGAGAGGAAGAUGUCCACUCGCCAGAGCAGAGAGGAGCUCAUCAAGAAGGGACUCCUAAAGGAGGUCUAUGAGAAAGAUGGUGCAUCUCUGACCAUCCAGGAGGAGGUGAAGAUAGAGAAUGGUCGUUCCUCGGUGCUUGGCUCCAGCCUGUCGGAGUCUGAAGGUAGUGAGCUGAUGGAGGGAGCAGCAGGAGCAGCUGUAGGCUCCCUGGAGUUUCAAAUGCCUAGUGAUGCUCAACAGGACCACACCCAGAAAUCCAGUCAGGCUCCGCCCACAAAGAAGUCUAUCGUAUAUCAGGCUGAUGGUGCUGAAUCAACCCUCUGCAGACCUCCAACGCUACACAAACAACCUCCCGCUCUGCCACCCAAGCCUUUCAACAGGCUACCCAAUCACAUUACAGACGGCGCCCCCGUGAAGUUGCCAUGCAUGUCGGCUAAGUUGUCUCCUCCUCUACCUCCGAAGAAGCUCAUGAUCUCCGUACCUGCAGGGAGCAUGGAGCCCUCUUCUAUCGCCUUCCAGAAGUGCCCCGCCCCUCCCAGCCAUGCUCCAAUGGGUGCACACUCACUGCAGUACGGGACCCUGCCUGUUCCUCUCCACCCGCCCAGCCGAAUCAUAGAGGAGCUGAACAAAACCCUGGCCCUCACCAUGCAGAGGUUUGAGAGCUCCAUGAUGCACGCCGUUCCCACGGUGAUGAUCGAGUGCGACGAUGACAAAGAGAACCUCCCUAACGAGGCAGACUACGAGGACCUGCCGGGCAUGUACAAGGAUGAGGAAGAGGAGGAAGAGGAAGACGAGGAGGAAGAUGAGGAGGAGGAGGAAGACGAAGAAGAGGAUGAGGAUGAUACACUGUUUACAAGCACACUGGCCAUGAAGGUCUUACGAAAAGACUCUCUGGCCAUCAAGCUGAGCAACCGUCCAUCCAAAAGAGAGCUGGAGGAGAAGAACAUCCUGCCACUGCAUUCAGACCAGGAGCGGCUCGAAUCCCGGCAACAGACGGCCACCAAACUGACGAGACGGUUGAGUCAAAGGCCGACAGCAGAGGAGCUAGAACAGAGGAACAUUCUGAAACCUCGAAAUGAUCUGGAGGAGCAGGAGGAGAAGAGGGAGAUCAAGAGGCAUCUGUCGAGAAAGCUCAGCCAGAGACCCACAGUCGAGGAGCUGAGAGAGGCGAAGAUCCUCAUCCGCUUCAGUGACUACGUGGAGGUCGCCGAGGCUCAGGACUACGACAGGAGAGCAGACAAGCCGUGGACUCGGCUAACAGCUACAGAUAAGGCUGCCAUUAGAAAGGAACUAAAUGAGUUUAAAAGCACAGAGAUGGAGGUGCAUGAGUCGAGCCGUCAUUUGACCAGGUUUCACAGGCCGUAAGUCGGCUCAGAGACCUCAGCCAUGUUUUUAAAAUCCCUUAAAGUCUCAAGUGUUCAGACUGCUACAGAUUUCCAACAUCAACUUCGAACUGGCUUCAUCACACAAGUUUGAGCCAUUACAGGAAACGGGAGAAAAACACUGAGAUGGACGGAUCAAUGACUGUCUCCCCUCUGUGGAGAUUUUGGUGACUUCUUGAUAUUCAAAAGCUUUUAAUUGUAUUUUUUUUAUGAUGAAGAGGUGGUGAUAUCUUUACUUUGCAGCACUUCUUUUUUCUUUUUUUUUUAAACAAGGCUCCUGGAGGUCCAACACAGAAUCUGUGCCAAUUUUACAGGAUGGGGACGGUAAAAGAUGAAACACAGGGUCUUUAUUUCACUCUCACUGUUUUCAUGCCUGUACCAUAUUUUCAUCGGGCAGAAUUUUUCCUUUGAGUAUGCUUGUGUUAGCUUGAUUUUACUCCACGUAUGACAUCUCAGUAAUCAUUUCUCUUUGCCAGAGGCAUGAAAACAUUCCACAAGUGUGUACUAUUGCAGGCAGCUGAAGCUUAAGCCAAAUUGCCCUAAAAUUCUAAUCAAAGUCCAAGAGUGCUCUCUACAACAAAAGGAAAUUCCUGUCUCCAAACACUUUCACAUCAAUCCGCUGAGCAAUAAUGUCAGAUUCUCUCUUUUACAUCAAUCUAGUUGUGGGCUGCGUUCGAGUGUUCAAACACUUUUCAAACUUCAGAUUCCCAUUUUAAACCAAAGCAACUUGACCUGUUGUGAAAGCCGUCACCUUGAAUGGAGAAUUCUGGAGUGACGAGUAUCAAGAGUUCAGUAACCCACUGUGUCACUGUGCCUACAGGCGUGUUUACAGGGAU